AUGGGAAUAAAGGCGUUUCCGCAAGUUGAAGUGGAGUAUGUCCUAGAGCCUGCUGAGCUUGAUGACGGAAUGGAUGAAAAAUUUAGAAAGAUUUUUAGCCAAUUGAGUUUCCGUGAAACUACUGCAACUCAGGAUAAUGAUAACAAGGAUGAACCUACUGAAAAUGUAGCCUCAACCAAGAAGGCUGACUCAAACUCAGAAGAGGAAGAACAGGAUAACCCACAAGAAGAGAAAGGCGUGUCAAACAAGAAGAAGCUACAACGGCAGAUGCAGAUUGCUAAACUGAAGCAAAUUUGCUCAAGGCCUGAUGUUGUUGAGGUUUGGGAUGCAACCUCUGCAGACUCGAAGUUGUUGGUGUUUUUGAAAUCAUAAAGGAACACUGUGCCUCUCCCAAGGCAUUGGUGUCAGAAAUGUAAAUUUUUGCAGACCGAAAGACUGGUUGAGGUUCAUCUUGG